AUGGCCAAAUCAUCAAAACUCAUCAAGCAAGCAACACUAGUGGUUUCCAUGGUCAUGUUGGUCAUGGGGUUUUGGCCAGGAGGACAGGCACAAAUUUCUUGUGAUACGGUGUCCAGUAACCUCUAUCCAUGCCUCAGUUUUGUUGUUAAUGGGGGUACACUCGACCCUGCUUGCUGCGGUGGAUUUAAGGCUCUUGUUACAUUGGCCAAAACCAACGUUGAUCGUCAGAGUAUAUGUUAUUGCCUCAAAUCCCUUCUUUCAAAUGCCCCUAAUGAUGAUGAGAUCAAGAAUGCUGGUAGCAUUCCUGGACUCUGUGGUGUUAAUCUUCCCUACACCAUCAGGCGUGAUAUCGACUGUUCAAAGUAA